UACGUCCCCACCCCGAGGGUCACCUCCAUCCUCCCCCGCUUGCCCUACCUGCAGAGCAGCGGCUCUUCCCAGCAAGGCAGCCCCGUCUCCAGCCACUCCAUCUGGACUCAACCCGGAGCCGAAAGCGCUGCUUACAACCCUGGAUCUUCUCACCCUCCCGUGUCACCUCGGUUCUCCUUCUCCGGCAGCACCCCCAUCCCUGCCACCUCUUCCCGAGAAGCGGCGGCGGCUUACAGCAGCUCCUUGAACCUUUCCGCUAACGGGAGGGAGCAGUACAGCAGGGGCUUCGGCACCUCCUAUUCCAGCCCCUACCCGGCUUAUAUGAGCCCCGAAAUGGCCACGACCUGGACUUCCUCGCCCUUUGACAGCCCAAUGCUGCACAACCUGCAGAGCCGAGGGACGCCUGCCGCUGCCCGGCACGCCAACAUCGGUGAGCACAGCCUGGGCUGGGAGAGGGAGGGAGGAUUUCACCCUGUCAUACCGCCAGAUUUUGGUGCAUGA